AUGGAUGCACAACAAAACACUAACCACGCGCCCAGCGAUAAUAACUACGCUCAAGAUCUGCCUGAAAAAAUGGAAGGCACACAAGAGCAAGAAAAUGUUCCCUUUUCACCGACGACGAGCUUCUUUAACAACAUGGAAUCCAAAGUCAUGUACGUUAUCAACAGACAUGGCGAGAAGGAAGACGUCUCCUUUGAUAAGAUCCUGAAUAGAAUUAGGAAGUUAUCACUGGGCCUGCACGCGUUAGUGGACGCCCCGAGAGUCACGCAGAGCGUUAUCAACGGAAUGUAUACAGGAAUUCGCACUUCUGAGCUCGACGAGCUUGCAGCACAGACGUGUGCAUACAUGGCAGUCACCCACCCGGACUACUCGCGGCUGGCGGCGAACAUCACGAUCGAUAACCUGCACAAAAACACGUCCAGCGACUUCGCGGAGGUGGUGCGAACGCUGUUCGAGUACAAGCACGUGUACGACUCAAACGCCUCGCUCAUAAGCGAGGACGUGUACAACUUCGUGAUGAUGCACAAGGACCGUUUUAACGCGGAAAUAGACUACUCGAGAGACUUCCAGUACGACUACUUCGGGUUUAAGACGCUGGAGAGGUCGUACCUGCUGAAGGCGAACGGGAAGAUCGUGGAGCGCCCGCAGCACAUGCUGAUGCGAGUGUCGGCGGGAAUCCACUGCGGCGAUAUCGAAAGGACGUUGCAGACGUACCACCUGAUGAGCCAGAGGUAUUUUACGCACGCGACGCCGACGCUGUUCAACUCGGGCACGAGACACCCGCAAAUGUCGUCAUGCUUCCUGCUGGACAUGCAGGACGAUUCGCUGGCAGGAAUAUUUAACACGCUCUCACAGUGCGCGUUUAUUAGUAAGUCAGCAGGAGGAAUUGGACUCUCGAUCCAUAAAAUAAGAGCGUCAGGCUCUUACAUCAGAGGCACGAACGGAAUAUCGAACGGUAUCGUGCCAAUGCUGAAGAUCUUCAACGCAACAGCAAAGUACGUUGACCAGGGAGGAGGAAAGAGAAAGGGCUCGUUCGCAAUAUACCUGGAGCCGUGGCACGCAGAUAUAUUCAAGCUUCUAGAUCUCAGAAAAAACCACGGCUCGGAGGACCUUAGAGCACGAGACCUGUUCUACGCACUGUGGAUACCGGACCUCUUCAUGAAGAGAGUGGAGGAAAACAAAAACUGGACGCUUAUGUGCCCGGACGAGUGCAGAGGACUGUACGAAGUCUGGGGAGAAGAGUUCGAAAAGCUGUACACACACUACGAACAGCAAGGAAUGGGAAAGAAGACGGUGCCGGCGCAGAAGCUGUGGUUCGCAAUACUGCAGUCGCAGAUUGAGACGGGGACGCCGUAUAUGCUCUACAAGGACGCGUGCAACGCGAAGAGUAACCAGCAGAACCUGGGAACAAUUAAGUCGAGUAACCUGUGCUGCGAAAUCGUGCAGUACACGAGCAAAGAUGAGGUGGCAGUGUGUAACCUGGCGUCAGUGGCACUGCCGAAGUUCGUGGACAAGGAGAAGAAGACGUUCGACUUCAAGAAGUUGUACGACAUAUGCAGGGUGAUCACGUACAACCUGAACCAGGUGAUCGACAGGAACUACUACCCAGUGCGAGAAGCACGCGUGUCGAACUUUAAGCACAGGCCGAUGGGAGUGGGCGUGCAGGGGCUGGCGGACACGUUCAUGCUGAUGAGGUACCCGUUCGAGUCGGAGGAGGCGCGGGAGCUUAACAGGAGAAUAUUCGAAACGAUGUACUACGCGUGUCUGUCCGAGAGCAUUGACCUGGCGAGACAGUACGGAACCUACGAGUCAUAUCCAGGCUCGCCAGCCUCGAAGGGACUGCUGCAGUUCGACCUGUGGGGAGCGAAGGUGGACAACAAGUACUGGGACUGGGACCUGCUCAAGCAGAACCUGGCGAAGUACGGCCUGCGCAACUCGCUGCUGCUGGCGCCGAUGCCGACGGCGAGCACCUCGCAGAUCCUGGGCAACAACGAGUCGUUCGAGCCUUACACGAGCAACAUCUACUACAGGCGAGUGCUCUGCGGAGAGUUCUUCGUAGUUAACCCGCACCUGCUUAACGACCUGAUAGAGCUGGGGCUGUGGAACGAGAACAUGAAGCAGAAGCUGAUAGCGUACAACGGCUCUCUCAAGUACAUCGACGAGGUGCCGCAGCACAUCAAGGACCUGUACAAAACAGUCUGGGAAAUUAAGCAGAAGCACAUCAUCGACAUGGCGGCGGACAGAGGAGUCUUCAUUGACCAGUCGCAGUCGCUGAACAUACACAUGGAGCAGCCGACCUUCAGCAAACUGACGAGCAUGCACUUCUACGGCUGGAAAAAGGGGCUGAAGACGGGAGUCUACUACCUGAGGACGCAGCCGGCGACGGACGCGAUCAAGUUCACAGUCGACGCCUCAGUGUCGCAGCUGGCAAAAAACAGAGCGAAGGGAGCCACGGUGGAAAGAGCGCCGGGGAUGAUGAGCGACGGAACAGUGUCGACGACUGAGACGGUGGAGGAACCCGUGCAGCAGAUGACGUCGAUGGAAAACUCGACGGUGAGCGAGGACAUGGAGAGCACUGCCCCGACGUGCAGCCUUAACCCGAACCCCAACGAGCCCUGCUUCAUGUGCUCGUCGUAA